CUCGCCUUUCGCUUUACAUUCUGCAGCCAACAGGGCUCUCGUGACGGAGGAGCAGUCAUCUUCGGGGGUGUGGACAGCAGCCUGUACACGGGGCAGAUCUCCUGGGCCCCUGUCACUCAGGAGCUGUACUGGCAGAUUGGCGUUGAGGAGUUCCUCAUUGGUGACCAGGCCACAGGCUGGUGUUCCUCAGGCUGCCAGGCCAUCGUGGACACCGGCACAUCUCUGCUCACGGUGCCCCAGCAGUUCCUGAGUGCCCUUCUGCAGGCCACGGGGGCCCAGGAGGACCAGUAUGGACAGUUUCCUGUGGACUGUAACAACAUCCAGAACCUGCCCACCCUCACCUUUGUCAUCAAUGGCGUGCAGUUCCCUCUGCCACCUGCCUCCUACAUCCUCAAUAAUGACGACAGCUACUGCAUCCUGGGGGUGGAGGUCACCUACCUACCCUCCCAGAAUGGCCAGCCCCUGUGGAUCCUCGGGGACGUCUUUCUCAGGUCAUACUAUUCCGUCUACGACCUGGGCAACAACAGGGUGGGCUUCGCCACGGCCGCCUAGACUCAGCGCCUUGUUUCCCGCGCUUCCUUCUCCCUCUGGACACUCCACCCUACAGGGGGUUCUCUCUGCACUUCCUCUCUGCAUUUAGCCUCCCUUCUCUGGACUCUGGACUUUCUCUAACAAUAAACAGCUCUUCUCCAC